GGGUGCUGUCGCGGUGCAUAGUGGGAGCGGUUGCUCGGGCUGAGUCAGUUCACUGGCGGCGCGAGCGGGACGUGAUCACGUUGGAGAUCGGUAUCGGUGGCCUGGUCUGGAAGCUGAUUGGCCACCAUGGCGUCCCGUGCAGGCCCACGUGCAGCAGGAACAGAUGGCAGUGACUUCCAACAUAGAGAAAAAGUGGCUUCACAUUAUCAGAUGAGUGUGACUUUGAAGUCUGAGAUCAAGAAACUGAUAGUUGCACACAUGGUAAUUUGGACAUUGCUCAUUCUUCAGGUUAUUGUCAGUCACAUGAAAUUGGUGUCACAUGACCUGAUAGCUAUGCCAUACCAAUGGGAAUACCCCUACCUGCUGAGCAUCAUACCAUCCAUCUUUGGUUUUAUAUCCUUUCCUCGAAACAACAUCAGUUAUCUUGUGCUCUCCAUGAUCAGUGCAGGGCUGUUCUCCAUUGCUCCUCUAAUUUAUGGUACCAUGGAGAUGUUCCCCAUGGCACAACAGCUCUAUCGGCAUGGCAAGGCCUACCGCUUCAUCUUUGGCUUUUCUGCUGUAGCAGUCAUGUACUUGGUCUUGGUUAUUGCAGUGCAAGUUCACGGCUGGCAGAUCUACUACAGCAAAAAGUUACUGGACUCUUGGUUUACUUCCACACAGGAAAAGAAAAAGAAAUAGUUGGUGGAUGAAUACUGAGACCUGGUCAAUGAACAAUGUAAAUAUAAUGGGACUGUAUCAGUCCUGUAAAUAGUGUUAAUAGUCUAGUGUUUAAAGGCUGUAGAUUGUUUUGUGUAUGCUGUUUUGUUAUUAAAACCAUCUUUGUAUCCUAGUGCAUCUGCUUCCACGUAACUUAAAACUGACAGUGGUAUGUCUCCUCCAGGACAUUUGGUGCAAAUGUUAUUCCAUACUGUGGAUGUCAGUGUGAUGCUUCAUACUCCAUUUAAGGAUAAAACACAAUUACUAAACUGUUGGGAAAUGCAGUAAAUUCAGAAAUGUUUCCAGUGAACCUGAUUUUAUUGAAAUCAAAGAUUUGAUUGUACUUUGAGUUGAAAUGCUGUAACUUGUGAUUUUUCAACAGGACAAACAUUUUGUUUUUGGUUUAAUUGGCUGUGAAAAGCUGCUGUUAAGAUUUUUUUAUAACUUAAUUUAGUCUUGCUAACUAAUUAAGCAUAAGUUAUGUGGCUGAUAGAACCGUUACAUAGCUUUGGGACUUGUGCUAUGCCUCGUCCAGACUGUAUUUAAAUACAAUCAUGAUUGGAUAGAAUGUUGAGACCCAUAAGAUUUGUUCACUCCUUGAAGAUCAAGUCAGCCUUUUCAUUUACCAUGAAAGCAUUCCAAAUUAACUGAACUAUUUAAUUAAAAAUACUUGUGCUAACGCAAUUAAAAGAAGUUAAAGUAGCUAUGUUAGUAAUUUCAGUAAAGACCAACAUAUGACAGUACAUUUAACCCUUUGCAUAUACUUUAAGUUGUGUUACACAACUCUCUACAUUCUGGAUAUAGCUCCUGUGCAUUGUGCAGUCUGUAAUGUUGCAUAUAAAACCAUCUCUGUGUAUAUUGGAUCUCAUGAUCUCAAGUGUAAAAUAUAUCAAGUGGCCAGUGGAUUUUUUUGCAUCUGCCUUAUUUACUACAGGAAGGCAAAUCUUGAUAUGUGACACAACUAUAAUAUUGUUUGCCUUCAAAGAAAUGUAGAGGCUGUCAGCACACCUGCAAUUAUUUAAUAAUAACAGCAUGCCUACGUAAGAGUCAUCGUGCUGAGUAAAAGUGGACUUAAUUCCAUUGGCAAGUUGUAAUCUGGCCUAACAAAAUGAGGUGGAUUCCUGCUCCAUAUUCAAACAAACUUGAGGAAAGAAUUUCGUCCUGUUUAUUUGUGGAGCUGGAAGGAAGUUUAACAGUAGAAAAACACAGAUGGAAGGCCUGAUAAUUGUGGGGAGCAUGGGUUGCAUUUUAGUUGCUGCAGGUUUGAUUUUAAGGCGAGGAGCUUCACAUCUAGCUGUCAGACAAAUGAAAAAGUUAGGUAUAGUUCAUUCUAAUUUGAGCAAAGUUUGUGUUUUAUUUCCAAAUGGGCGUCAGUGAACUUAAUUUUUUUUCUGAUUUUCAUUAUUUCAUAUUGUGUUUGCCACAAUGGCAGAAAAUUGGGUGCAUUGCUUAAUUCAAAGUUAUGUGGUCGUGUAACAUAAUUUAAUUGAGGUCUAAUGUAAAUGGGAUAACUUGAUGCAUAUGUAUGUGUUUUGUGCUUUAUGAAUAAAAUUGAGUCAUCAUA